AUGAAUACUAAAGGAACAGCUAGAACUGUAGUACUACAGGAAUUAUACAAACAAAUAUUUGAUUAUAAAUGUUUGGGCGCUGAUCGUACACACAGCUUAUAUCGUUACGAUCCUCCGUUGAUUGAAGACGCAAUGGGUCAGUGUGGUGGAGGCAUGGGGCACAAGAGCCAUCGGCUCGCUGACAGUCUAUGCUUCAAAGAAUUUGCCCUUUACAUUUCCUUAGUGUCAGUGUCACUAUCACAGGAUCGACAAGCAUUACACCACAGAACUUCCACUAUCGAGAUAGACGCUUCUAGUAUUCUAUAAAUUCGUAAGCGUAACUAAGCUUUCUUAAUAAUUACGUUUUGAAACUUUAACACGCAUGAAUGAUGAGUAGUUCAAUCAUUUUCCUUGAGUCGUAUUGGAAAUAAUCGCUUAGUCUCCACAAAAAUAGAAUUUGUAAUGCUAGCGAUGACUGCCCAAGCCAUCCAAGCGCGGCUAGCCUCAUGAAGCUGUUGAGAAUACAGAUAAGCGCACGCCCCGACAAGAACUCGCUCCCCAGCAUUUUUCGGGUUAUAGAAGGUGUCCCCUCGAAGCAAAGAUUGUAUAAAGACUUCAACACAGGAUGAUGCUAAACCUGAACUAUUUCAACUACACCAGCAACUAGUACUAUGGCGUUGCUAAAGAAGAUCAGAAGUGCCUGCAGGUG